UUCCACAUACUACUGCCAAGCACUGUAAUGUGCUCUCUACUGCUUUGUUCCAUAUAUAGCCCUAUAUGCCACUGUUUCUCUGUAAAGCUUAUGGGUGAUGAUCUCUCUCUGGUGGUAUAACUGUAGCGAGACUCCACUCGACCCCGUACAAUACAAGCAGCUUGUUCGCGGUCUAUUAUUCAAGCCCCCUGUUGACUCUAAUGCGGUGACAAAACAAUAGGAUGUAAUUAUGUUUGUCUGUAAUAAUCAACUUGAACGAUCAAAGCUGACCACAAGAAUGGCCGGUGAUAGGGAGGCAAGACGACUGCGAGUUUUGAAGAUUAGAGGUACAAAAGCCUUCGUCGAGGGAAACGUUUCUAAAGCUACCAAGAUGUACACCGAUGCACUGCAGUUGCAGACAGAUUUGGACAUCAAUAACAACUCUAGAAUCUCUCAGACAGACGUCUCUUUGGAUAAAUACUAUGGAAAAAGAGAAGGAAAUUUACAUAGCACGCCAAGUGAAGAUACAGGGAUAGGUAGUGUGAUUCAAGCGGUGAUUCACGAUGCUGAUCAGGGAAUUCGUGUGAACCCAAGUCUCCCUAAGUCGUACUUGGCAAAGGCAUCUGCGCUUAUUCUCCAAAACAACUGGGAGGAAGCAAGAAAGGUAUAUAUUCAAGGAAUUAACCACUGUGAUGACUGCCUGGCUAUUCGGCACGCGCUCGAAAAGCUUGACAAAAUGCAGAGCCUCUUACAGACAAUACCCGGCUUACUGGAACGAACCAAGUCAACUUCCAGCGACACCAGUGAAUCCACCAUGGAGGCAAAAUCCCCGUCAUCGCAGAAACGCAAGUUUCGCCUUCAACACAGAAAGAAACUAUCCAACACGAUGCUGCAGUUCACCGUUACGAAGUCAGGACGAAUAAAAUCAGUUGAUGACGGUGAAGAUGAUGACGAUGACGACGAAGAUGACGAUGUUGAUGAUGAUGACGGGUGUUACGAUACGUGGUUUUGACGAAAUUGACCAUGAUGGGGGACGUCGACAAAAAAGAUAACGACAACAAUGAUGAUGAUGAUGACAAUCGAUGAUGAUGACGACAACAACGAUGACUAGAACAAUGAUGAUGACGACAACAAUUAUGAUGACGACAAUCAAUGAUGAUGACGACAGACAACAACGAUGACGACAACAAUUAUGAUGACGACAACAAUUAUGAUUACGACGACAAUGAUGAUGACGACAACAACGAAGUGUACAUUUAAUUCGAAAUAACACGAGAAACUGGUUCGUGUUACGUGUAUUUUGUAUAUACAAGUGCUAAUAUAUGAAAGACUUCAGAUAUCCAAUAAAAUUAUUUUAUGAAA